AAAUCCGUCGUCACUUCCAUAAGUACGAAAGAGAUCGAAGAUGACAUAUUGGUCGGCAUGAGAGUAUUCAAGACAUUUCCGAAACAAAUCGACUACCUGGUUAUUCGGUAUCACAUAGAAGCUUCACAGUACAGUUGCUAUACGCAUCGUAAUUCGUUUUCGAAUAAUUUAUGAAAAUGAUAAACAUCUGUACCUGAGAUUUCUACUUGAAAAACAUCUCAAAGUGAGGUUAAAGUGAACUAACGGCUUAACUAACGAGAGCAAUUUUGAUACAUCGGGACGUGAAAUUUAAAUUCUCGAAGAAAGCAACGAAAAAUCGAAUCAGAAAACGGGCCGGUACUGAAUUCCAUCGACAUCUGAAGAAUCAUUGCCAUGUCUAUUAUUUUUAAAGUAACGAAAAACCAAUUAAUGCAGAUCGCUAAUUGGCAAAAAAGUCGCUGUAGUCUGACAAUGAACUCUGUAAAUCCGAUCAUUAUAAGAAAUGCAUCUGGUAAAUCGUUGGUCUAUAAAGAAUAUGGUGAACCUAGCAAAGUUUUGGUGCUGACAAGUGCACAAGAAAAAAAGCCACAGGCCAAUGAGGUCUCUGUAAAAUGGCUAUUGGCACCUGUCAAUCCAGCAGACAUCAAUACAAUUCAAGGCAAAUAUCCCAGUAAACCACAGCUCCCAGCUGUACCGGGUAACGAAGGUCUUGGGGAAAUUAUAGAGGUCGGUUCCGGAGUGACUGCUUUUAAGCCUGGAGACAGAGUUGUACCAAAUGGAAGUAAUUUGGGUACUUGGACUUCGUAUGCUACAUACGCCUCAAAUCAACUGCUGAAGAUUCCACAAAGUAUUGCAGCUGUCGAGGCAUGUAUGCUAAACGUUAAUCCUUGUACCGCAUACAGAAUGCUUAUGGAUUUUGUAAAAUUAGAACCGGGUGAUUGUGUUAUUCAAAAUGGUGGUAAUUCAGCUGUGGGACAAUUCGUCAUCCAAUUGUGUAGAAUUUGGAAACUCAAAAGUGUUAAUAUUGUACGGGAUAGACCAGACAUUGACAAACUGAAGUCUGAGCUCACCCAGCUGGGUGCUACAUGGGUGUUGACGGAGCAAGAAUUCCGUAAAACGGAUUUAUUCAAAAGUGGAAAAGCUGAGAAACCAUUGCUAGGACUUAAUUGCAUCGGUGGUCAGAAUGCGCUGGAUCUCCUUCGACAGAUCGGUCAUGGUGGAACCAUGGUAACUUAUGGAGGAAUGUCACGAGAACCCGUCACUGUUCCAACGUCUGCUCUCAUUUUUAAGGACCUAAUUCUCAGAGGUUUUUGGAUGACUGCUUGGACAAAAGAAAAUGAAAAAAGUCAACAACGAUUAGACAUGAUCGAGCAUCUCGGUAAAUUAUUUGAAUCCAAAGAACUACGAGCUCCUCCCCAUAAGCUCGUGCCCUUGAGUAAAUAUCACGAGGCGAUUGAAAAGACUUUGAAACUUGAUGGAAAAACCGGCGUCAAGUAUAUUCUCGACAUCUCUACUUGAGCUAAAUUCCAAUGUUAACUGUGGAUUCUUCAUUCGAUCGUUAACGCCUGUUUCAGGAACAUCAACUUUUAUUAAACAGACGACAUUCGAAAGCUGAUACACAUGGAAAUCGAACGUGAUCGAAACUCUCUGAAAAUAUAGCAUUGGGACGGAAACCUAACUGAAAUGCUAUGAUACGUUUUUAUACUCAUUUUUCCACUAGACGCCUUCGUAGCCAUGCAUGAGAGUGUGUAUGGAAAUAAACGAAUUUCGAUCGAA